GGGCUCGGUUGUCGACUUUGUGCGGAUAAGAACGACUCCUUCUCUGCUCUCCUCUCUUCUCAUCUCUCUAACCCUCUCUCCAAGAAAUCCUCUCUCUCUUAUUACAAAAAAAACUCCCAGCUGAAGCAAAAAGUCUGCUUCUUCACCGCACUGAGGAAAUGGCAAUCGAGGAUCAGGAAAAUACGAUCAGAGAAAUCAAACCCAAGAACAGGAGAAUCAUGGGACCGGACGAGGAGGAGAACCAGUGGCCGCCAUGGCUGAGGCCUUUGCUGAAAGAGCACUUCUUUGUUCAGUGCAAGUUUCACGCCGACUCCCACAAGAGUGAAUGCAAUAUGUAUUGCUUGGACUGCACUGACGGCCCCCUUUGCUCUCUCUGCCUCUCCCACCACAAGGAUCACCGCACCAUUCAGAUAAGGAGGUCAUCUUAUCAUGACGUGAUAAGGGUCAAUGAGAUACAGAAGUAUAUGGAUAUAACAGGCGUCCAGACAUAUGUGAUCAACAGCGCCAAGGUCGUCUUCUUGAAUGAGAGGCCUCAGCCUAGGCCCGGGAAAGGCGUUACCAACACCUGCAAUGUCUGCUAUCGCAGCCUUGUCGAUGAUUGCUUCCGCUUCUGCUCCCUUGGCUGCAAGAUCGUGGGGACAUCUCGAAGCUUCCAGAAGAGGAAGAUGCACCUGCUGACGGAAUCAGAGGAUUCGAGCAGCAGCACGGGGCAAGUGAAGAACAUGGUGAAUCUUCAAAGUUUCAGUCCAUCAACACCCCCGCUUACAUCGGGUAAUUACAGGAUUACCAAACGAAGAAAGGGCAUUCCUCACCGAUCUCCCAUGGGAUAAGAUGGACAAUGCACCCAGAGAUUGGCCGGUGUUACUCAGUGUUUUCAGGUUCCUUGAUAUAUACUCAGAAGGUUAGCUAAUACACAAGCUGCGCCCUACUUUCCUUCUCAUACAAAAAGGACUUUUGAUGUAUGUGUAUAUAUAUAUAUACAAAGCUCAUGUAUAUUUAUGUGAUGCAAGAAAGCUACGGGGGAGGGGGGGGGGGAUAGAGGCCUUGUAGGAGGGCAAAAGUGGGAAUAAGACAAAAAACCGAGGGCUGUGAUGGUAAACAUAGUGUGUGUUUUUGUUAUCGUCUUUAGGUCUACCGUGUAAAUCUGUAAUGGGAUAGAUGGGAUAUGUUAGAGAGGAAGUGCCUACACUUUUUAUAAAAUGGAAUAAUCAAAAGUAAUAAGAGAUUUCUGCCUU